AUAUGUGUGACUGCGCUUGUGUGUUUCAAUCAGCGAAACCAACUGCAAGGGAAAAUAUUUAUUUUACCAGCAAUACUCAUGUAAAAUAUUGAAUAAUAUCGAAAAAAAUUAGUUUGCUAUAUACAAAAUUAUAACUGUUGUGUUAAGACAAACGAAAAGAAUCGCUUGAAAUAGUUCAGCGUUAUCGCUGCUGAUUUGCUACGUCAACAUGCGUUUGGCAAUAUUUCUUUUAAUAUUGUGCAUAUUCGAGUAUGCAGUCGCUGUAGACCAAACUAAUUUUAAGACAUGUGACCAAAGCAGCUUUUGCAGGCGUUGCCGCAAUGUUAAGCCGGAUAACACCAAAUUCGCAUUGGUGCCAGGUACACUGAACAUUUACUCAGACUCCAUAACAGCAGAUCUGCAACAUAAGGAUAACAAACAUUUGUUCAGCUUGAAAUUGGAAGGCAUUGAGAAGGGCGAUACUUUCCGUUUGUUGAUCGAUGAGAAAACACCUUUGAAGCCACGCUACAGGGUUGUGGACUCACUAAAAGAAAUACCGAAACCAGGGAGCAUUAAAGUACAAGAAGGUCAAGGUGAAUUAACUAUUACUUCGGGCUCGAACAAAGCUGUGGUCGUUGCCGAUCCUUUCCGCAUCGAUUUCUAUCAAAAUAAUGUUCUUACCGUUUCCGUUAAUGCGAAGGGUCUCAUGACUUUUGAACAUUUGCGUCCGAAACCACAAGAAUUGGGCACAGACAGCCCUGAUGCCAAUGAAGUGAAGAGUUCUGAUGAAAUCACCGAUCCAGGUGCUUGGGAGGAAAAUUUCAAAUCUCAUCAUGAUUCAAAACCUUACGGACCUGAGGCUGUGGCACUCGACUUUUCAUUCCCUGAAGCAGAAGUGCUCUUCGGUAUACCCGAACACGCAGAUUCAUUUGUUUUAAAAUCAACAUCGGGCACAGAUCCCUACCGUUUGUAUAAUACUGAUGUGUUCGAAUACAUACUCGAUAGCAAGAUGGCGUUAUAUGGAUCAGUGCCAGUAUUAUAUGGUCAUGGACCAAAACGUACUGCUGGAGUUUUCUGGCAAAAUGCUGCCGAAACAUGGGUUGACAUCUACACCGCUGAAAAGAAUGUAGUUUCCUCAAUUGUUAAUUUCGUAUCAGGCUCCAGCAAGACUGAUCCACCAGCCGCUCACUUCAUGUCUGAAUCGGGCAUUAUUGAUGUCUUCAUACUGUUGGGUCCCUCACCAAUAGACGUAUUCAAACAAUAUACCGAACUUACUGGCUCAGGACCAUUGCCGCAAAUGUUUGCACUUGCCUAUCAUCAGUCCCGUUGGAACUAUAAUAGUGAAGAUGAUGUGGAAGAAGUUUCAGCUAAAUUCGACGAAUAUGAUAUACCAAUGGACACAAUGUGGUUGGAUAUUGAAUACACCGAUGGCAAGAGAUACUUCACUUGGGAUAAAUUUAAGUUCAGCAAUCCACUUGGCAUGUUUAGAAACUUGAGUAAAUUGGGUCGUCACAUGGUCAUCAUUAUUGAUCCACAUAUCAAGCGCGAUGACCAGUAUUUCUUCCAUAAAGAUUGUACUGAACGUGGUUUAUACACAAAGACAAGGGAGGGCAAAGACUAUGAAGGUUGGUGUUGGCCUGGUGCUGCUAGCUACCCAGAUUUUUUCAAUCCCGAAGUCCGUGCCUACUAUGCUAGCCAAUAUUUACCUUCAAAUUUUAAAACUGUCACUGCCGAUGUCAUGAUCUGGAAUGACAUGAACGAGCCUUCAGUUUUUAACGGUCCCGAAGUGACAAUGCCCAAGGAUAUGAUUCACUAUGGCAAUUGGGAACAUCGCGAUGUACAUAAUUUGUACGGUCACAUGCAUGUGAUGGGCACAUUCGACGGCUUACUCGGCCGGGAUCCUAAUCAACGUCCAUAUAUUUUGACCCGCUCUCAUUUCGCUGGUACUCAACGUUAUGCAAGCAUUUGGACUGGUGAUAAUACGGCUGAUUGGGGUCACUUGCAACAUUCCCUGAAGAUGUGUCUGUCUGAAGCCGUUGCCGGUUUCUCGUUCUGUGGUGCUGAUGUUGGAGGCUUCUUUGGUAAUCCUGAUGCUGAGUUAUUUGCACGUUGGUAUCAGACCGGUGCUUUCUUACCAUUCUUCCGUGGUCAUGCUCACAUCGAUACGAAACGUCGUGAACCAUGGUUGUUCCCAGAAGAUACACGUUUGAUUGUACGCGAUGCAAUUCGCAAACGUUACGCUUUCUUGCCAUUAUGGUACACAAUGUUCUAUGAACAUGAAAUGACUGGCGAACCCGUUAUGCGACCACUGCUUGCACAUUAUCCACAGGAUAAGGAGGGGUACAAUAUUGAUUAUGAGUUCUUGCUGCAGGAUCGCUUGCUUGUGCGUCCAGUGAUGGAUCGUGGCGCGAGCAAAGUGAAUGUUUACUUCCCAUCCACUGAUGAUAAGAAGACUGGUGAUGUUUGGUAUGAUAUUAAUACACUGAAGAAGUAUACAAAUGCAGGCUAUGAGAGUUUACCCGUCGACAGCCGUACAAUUCCUGUCUUCCAACGUGGCGGUACUAUUAUACCCAAAAAGGAACGUAUACGUCGUGCUGCAACACUCAUGAAAAAUGAUCCAUAUACUCUGGUUGUGUGCUUGGAUCGCGCUGGUAAAGCCCAGGGUACACUCUAUAUCGACGAUGAGAAAUCAUACGCUUAUCGUAAAGGCGAAUUCAAUUAUCUUCUAUUUGAAUUCGAGAAUGGUCAAUUGAACGUAAACUUCAAGAGUAAACCAAAUUUCAAGACUACAGCUUGGAUUGAACGUGUUGUUAUAGCUGGUUUGGAUCGUACACCCAAGUCGGCUACUCUUAUCGUUGGUGGAGUCUCACAGGACCUCGAAGUUCUACCACACGAAGAAGGUGUCGCUAUACGCAAGCCUGGCAUCUCCGUAUUGGAGCUAUUUACGAUUAGAUUGAACUUCUAAGCUGGUCAAACAGUAACAAAAGCAAUUCCUAAAAGCUUAAAAAUUUCCCUUAGAUCAUAGCUCUUUUUAAUUUUGCAAAAAUGGUAUUCUUUUAAUUGACAAAAGCAUAUUUUCACGUGCUGUUUAGGAUUAGUUACGCUGCAUUUUUAAAUUUCAAAUAAAAAAAAUUAUAUAUGUAAUCUUAUUCAAAUUAGGGUUUGCAUUGUAGUAUUUCCCAAAUUGUCACAUUUCAAUAAAACUGAUGUAUUUCCCUCGAUUACAUAUUAAUAAAAAUGUGCACGCAAAAAUAAAAAUCAG